GCCCCUCUCCCGAGAGCUACGCGGCGGCUGAGCGGAGGCCUCGUGCCGUAACGGCCAUCGCGGCGGCCGCGGCGGUCUCCCGGUGCCCUCCUCAGGUGAGCUGGGGCCGCACGGACCCGGCAGAGGGAAGGAUUCUGGCAAUCAGGUAACAACUUAGAAGAUGCUUCUCUUAACCAGCCCAAGGGGAUAAGUUUGUAGCUGAAGCUGCUGAAAGAUGGCAGAAGAAGUGGUGGUAGUAGCCAAAUUUGAUUAUGUGGCCCAACAAGAACAAGAGCUGGACAUCAAGAAGAAUGAGAGAUUAUGGCUUCUGGAUGACUCUAAAUCCUGGUGGCGAGUUCGAAACUCCAUGAAUAAAACGGGUUUUGUGCCUUCUAACUAUGUGGAGAGGAAAAACAGUGCUCGGAAAGCAUCUAUUGUAAAAAAUCUAAAGGAUACCUUAGGCAUUGGAAAAGUGAAAAGAAAACAUAGUGUGCCAGAUUCUGCAUCUCCUGCUGAUGAUAGCUUUGUUGACCCAGGGGAACGUCUCUAUGACCUCAACAUGCCUGCUUAUGUGAAAUUUAACUACAUGGCAGAGAGAGAGGAUGAAUUAUCAUUGAUAAAAGGGACAAAGGUGAUCGUCAUGGAGAAAUGCAGUGAUGGGUGGUGGCGGGGUAGCUACAAUGGACAAGUUGGAUGGUUCCCUUCAAACUAUGUAACUGAGGAAGGUGACAGUCCUUUGGGUGACCAUGUGGGUUCUCUGUCAGAGAAAUUAGCAGCAGUUGUCAAUAACCUAAAUACCGGGCAAGUGUUGCAUGUGGUACAGGCUCUUUACCCAUUCAGUUCGUCCAAUGAUGAAGAACUUAAUUUUGAGAAAGGAGAUGUAAUGGAUGUUAUUGAAAAGCCUGAAAAUGACCCUGAAUGGUGGAAAUGCAGGAAGAUCAAUGGAAUGGUUGGUCUGGUGCCAAAAAACUAUGUUACCAUUAUGCAGAAUAAUCCAUUAACCUCAGGUUUGGAACCAUCACCUCCGCAGUGUGAUUACAUUAGGCCUUCACUCACUGGAAAGUUUGCUGGCAAUCCAUGGUAUUAUGGGAAAGUCACCAGGCAUCAAGCAGAAAUGGCAUUAAAUGAAAGAGGGCAUGAAGGUGAUUUCCUCAUUCGUGAUAGUGAAUCUUCGCCAAAUGAUUUCUCUGUAUCACUAAAAGCACAAGGGAAAAACAAGCAUUUUAAAGUCCAACUAAAAGAGACUGUCUACUGCAUUGGGCAGCGUAAAUUCAGCACCAUGGAAGAACUUGUAGAACAUUACAAAAAGGCACCAAUUUUCACAAGUGAACAAGGAGAAAAACUGUAUCUUAUCAAGCAUUUGUCAUGAUAAUGCUGUCCAGAAGUGACUGCCUCACAGCUAUAAUUCGUCAUGUAAUUAAAGACUGAGAAAAUGUCAGUCCAGUCAUGUUUGAUUGGAAAUUGCUUUCUGACCCUACAUGAGAAUUGACUAUAAUACAUAAGUAUUUUUAUUAUAACUCAGCCCAUACAUAUAUACUACGUAUGCAAAGCAUCUGCACAAAGCAGUUCCUUAUCCUUGGUCUUCUGUUUUAUUGUUUUCUUUGCUGUUUUUCUCUUUGCUUCUAAUAUUAAGGUUUUAUAUUUUGAAAAAAAUAAUGCAGAUCAAAAGUCUUUACAUGGAAGAAUUUAUUGGUUUAUUUUCUUUAUUUCCUUGUACGAGCACCAUAUUAGUCACUUCUGCAAUGGUUUCUCUUCAUAUAAAAUUAUUAUAUCAGUAUAUGGCAUAUGCUAAAAUAAAUUUCUUGGACAAUGUUUUUUUCUGUGACUAAAUAGCAAUAAUAAAUGGAAAAUUAGAAAUUAUUUUCAGGUAUUUGUUGUAAGCCAUUGUAAAUAUCAAGUAUGUCGUGUCUGCCAUUUCAAAAAAUUUAUUCAUUGUCUUCAUUGUAAAGCAAAACAAAUAGGACAUACGUUUGAAAACGUAUCUUGUACACUUUUAAUUUACAGCUGUUGGAAACAAAAAUCUCUAAAUUUCUAGGAUUUUUGGGGGGGGUGCUUCUUAUCUGGUUAUUCAAGAGAAUAAAGCAGUCUCUGAGAUAUUUAGCCUUUCAAACUGUAAAUGGAUGCUCUAGUGUUACAUAUUACUUUUUCCCCUAGUGUUAUUUUACCAAAGCAUCUUGUAUUGGGGUAUAUCUGUGUCAGUGUGAAAAAAGCUGUGGCCACAUAUUGGGGAAAUAGGAGGCAGUGAGAUACUUGGUUUCCCUCCCACCUCUAAACAUCAGUAAUUAUCAGGCAUAGUAUUUCUACUAUUUUCAUUUCCUCCUUUCAGCUUUGGGUUUUGUUGACUAAGACACUAAAAUGGAUUAUACCUGAGGAAAAGAUGGGAAGUGCCAAAUGGUUAGAGAAAGUUAUUUUUAAAAUCUACUUUUUGGAGGGUUUCUGUUAUGUUUUUGUUUACUAAGCAGAAGUUUGGGUGUAUGGGUGAGAGGCUUUUAUGGAGUAUUGAAUCUACUUCUGCAGGUCAUAGAAGAAAACAACUGUAUUUUGUGACCCCCCCCCCCCCAUUAUUAAUUCUGGAAUUUAAAUUUAA